GGCGCCGGGGUGGGGGUCCCCCCUCAUCCCUGGGGCUGCCCCUCUCCUGAGCGCCCGUUCUCCCGCCGGCCGCCCCCUUCUCCAGCGAGCCGAGAUGGAGUUUGACUCGUACCAGCACUACUUCUACGAUCACGACGCCCUGGAGGAUUUCCACCGCUCCACGGCGCCCAGCGAGGACAUCUGGAAGAAGUUCGAGCUGGUGCCCACGCCCCCGCUGUCCCCGCUGGGUACUCCCGGGGACAAGGGGGGAUGCUCGGGGCCGGAGGAGAGGCCGGGAUGGCUCUCCCGGUACUGCCUGGCUGGGGAAGAGCCGGAGUAUCUCAUAGGCACGGGGCAGAUCUUCGGCAACCUGAGCGCGUUCAUCCUCAAGGAUUGCAUGUGGAGCGGCUUCUCGGCGCGGGAGAGGCUGGAGAAGGCGAUGACAGAGAAACUUUCCACGGGCACGCAGAGAGCCACGCCGCACAAGCCGUCCUUCGCGCAGGAUUUGGGCUUGGGCAGCUCCGUCAGCGAGUGCGUGGAUCCCGCCGCCGUGUUCCUCUGCCCGCUGGCCGAGAGCAAGAUCCCCGCGUCCUCGGGCUCCGAGGGCCAGAGCGACUCCGAAGGUGAAGAGAUCGACGUGGUGACGGUGGACAAGAGGCAGUCUCUCAGCCUGAGGAAGCCGGUCACCAUCACGCUCCGUGCCGACCCCCUGGACCCCUGCAUGAAGCGUUUCCACAUCUCCGUGCACCAGCAGCAGCACAACUACGCUGCCCGCUCGCCCCCGGAGCCCUGCCCGCCUCCCGAGUCCCCCCAGCAGCACCAGGAGCAGGAUGAACCCCCCAGCAGCGUGGAGCCCACCCCUGCCGUGCCCCUGCCCGAGCCCGGCUUGCCCAAAGCCAGCAGCAGCCCCGGCUCGGACAGCGAGGACGUGGCCAAGAGGAAAAACCACAAUUUCCUGGAGCGCAAGCGGCGCAACGACCUGCGCUCGCGCUUCCUGGCCCUCAGGGACCAGGUGCCCGGGCUGGCCAGCUGCCCCAAGACCCCCAAAGUGGUGAUCCUGAGCAAAUCCUCCGAGUACCUGCAGUCCCUCAUCAGCGCCGAGAGGAGGAUGGCGGCCGAGAAGCGGCAGCUGCAGCUGCGCCAGACCCAGCUGCUCAAACGGAUUGCUCACCUUAAGGGGCACUAGCACCCCCAUCCUGGUCCCCACAAACCCCCAGCUCCUUCUCAAUUUGCACAAUUUUUUUUUUAAUUUUUUGGUUGCUUGUGGAACUGUUGGCCCCGGGGGCUGGAGCCCGUGGGAAUGGGUCCACAGCAGCGACCCCAACAGCGUCACCUACCUGGGGUUGGUUCCUGGCAUUGGGUGUUCCAAGAUUUCCCUUGUGAAGUUUCCUCAGUGACUGCUCCAGUUCGAGAGCUCAAAUUUAUUCCCCCUCUCUGCCAUCUGCCACCAACAGCAUGGCUGGGAGCUGACCCUGGGCAUCCACCAGCCCUAAAAAACCCCAAGCAACCACAUCUGCCUUGGCUCCUGGAAUCAGGCAGACCCAGGGCCCAGCACGGGGCUCACCUCUGGAGAGAUCCCCUGGAUGCUGAUGGCAGGAUGUGCCUCUCAGAGCACCCCCUGGCUCGGCUGGACCGUACCUCACUUCCCUGUGUCACUUCACGCAGUAGCUGGUCCUGGAUUUUUAUGUUCUAGAAACUCUGCUGCUGUAACUGCGAGUCUUAUACUGGAGGCUGUGUUUUUAUACUGUAUUUUUGUACCACUUUUUUGAGAAGUAUUUGGUAAAGAGUUUGCUUUUUUAUAUAUAUAUAAAUAUAUAAAAACUUUUUUUUUUUUUUUUUUAAAGGGGGAUUUCCUGCUGUGGGGGAGGGCUCAGUCCUGCUGCACUUUAGGGAGAUCAGGAAGGGGCUGAGUCCUCACAGAGGCCAUUCACCCCCCUUGCAGCUCUCCAAACCACCCAUUUGCAAUAACAGGGAAUUUUUAUCCCUUUCCCACCCUUGUGAGCAUCCUUGUGACCCCUUUUCCCACCUUUGUGAGUUCUCUUUCACCAGCAGCCACUUAAAAUCCCCAGCAAAGCCUUGGGGGCUGCUCUGCCUUCCCUGUGCCCUCCUGCUGCCCAGUCUGGGGGGGUAUGGGGGUGGCACAGUCCCCUGUCCCCUCCCAGGGGUGCUGGCAGGGGUGGUCCCACAGGAUGGCACCCUGGGGUCCCCGCUGACCUGCUGAGAACUGUUAGAGUUAACACUGGUUGGAUUUA